UCUAAAAAACAUUACCCAAGCUGAAGAAUGAGGUCUGUAUCAGUGGUGAUUCUCAUGUGUCUGGCAGGUGGGCUAUCCACCUGCCAGGCUUCAUUUGAGACCAAUCAGACUCAGGAAGAUAAGCUUACAGAUGAAGAGCUGGAAAAUCAUAUAAUGGAGGUGGAGGACAAACAAACCUUCGAUCAAGGGCUUCAAACAUUAACAGUUGGGGAAUCCAACACAAAAUUUCCAGAGGAAGCAUGCAAGCCAAACAUCUACACCAUAUUGAAGGAGCUCGGGGCUCUGGAAGAGAGACAGAAAGCCACCGCGAGGGCCCUCGAGGAAACCAAUAGACGGCUGGAAACCAGCGAGAAGAAGGUUGCCGCUCUCAACAGCACACUGACAGAGAUGAGAAGAACUUAUGAAGAACAACAUCAGGUUGCAUUUUCUGCAGCAAUGCCAACAGAGAGAACCAUUGGUCCUGUGAAUGUUCUUUAUCCUCUGGUAUACAAACACGUUCUGUCUAAUGUUGGAGGUCAUUACAGCCCAGUGACAGGCUACUUUACAGCACCUGUGAGAGGAAUUUAUUACUUCUCUUUUUCUUCAUUUUCUUGGGGAGGUGAGGGCACCACGGGUGGAAGUCUUUAUCAGAACGAAAACAAAGUUGUGUCAUGGUACGGUUACAGUAAAAGUGACCCUAUCUCUGGGUCUAACAGCGCCAUCUUGCUUCUGCAAGCUGGAGACAUGGUCAAUGUCCGUCUCUGGGAUACGAGAAAAAUAAGUGAUAAUGAAAAUAGGUACUCAACAUUCAGUGGAUUCCUACUGUCUCCAAUAUAA